CGAAGGAAUACCCUCAAUGUUCGUGGGGUCGGCAAUGGCAACCCCACCUUGCGUAAUCCAGACUUCGUUCCGCCCGAGCACAAUCGUAUUGUUCGCGCAAUUACCAACCAUGGCCAACGCCAAAGUCGACGCAUUUGAUAAUGCCGAAACGUCAAGCCUGACACUCGGUCAUGACCUCCGUGCCCGAGUCCCCGUGCAUCUGGCGCUCCGGCCAGAACAUGCCCGCGUUUCCGACGAUAUGAUCUCUCCUGACGGCACAGCAGGCUCCACAGUUCAUGGCGAUAUAUGCAGAUGCCUCUCGACCCUUUCUGGUGCCCAGUUGAGGACGGCGCUCUCGAGCGGGAUCCUAUUGGUAAAGCUGGUGCUGGCGCGCGGGCGCGAGCGCAUGCCCUCGAGAACGGUGUCCUCCCCGAACCUGGGAUCCUCGAGACUCGGCCCUCACGGUGCCCAUCGUCGACCUGGGCCCGCAGUUUUCAGUGA